AUGACAGAGUCUGAGCUGCAGGAUUACCUGUCCGGCCAACGCGGAGCCUUCGAGGGCAUCCUUGGUCUCAUCCCAGCCAAGAUGUACUAUGAACAAGACAACAGUGAUCAAUGGAGCAAGAAGAAGCAGACAAAACAACAGGCUGCCGAUGCGCGACGCGGAAAGCUGGAUCCCGACAGCGAGCGGAAUCGAAAUGCCAAGGAAGUCUUAGAUGAACGGGCCAAGAACAAGCGAAAGCUGCGUGAGAUGGAGAAGCAUGACGAUACUGAUAACGAAGAUGAUUGGGAAGACCAGGAGCCCGUCCCUGGCGUAGAGACGGAGAAGCCUGGCGAGGGCCUCAAGGUCAAGACAGCGGAGACCAACAAGAAGAAGAAGAGGCUCAACGACUCGACAGAGAUAGAGACUCAGGAUGUUUCAGAGACCAACAAGAAGCAGAAGCUCAACGACAAGGGAGAGACAGAAGCUAGGGACACAACUGAGACAUCUUCCAAGAUGUCGAAAAGGGAAGAGAAGAGGGCGGCCAAGAAGGAAAUGAAGAAGGAGAAGAAGGCAGAGAAGAAGGCCAACAAGACAAAGACUACUGAAGCCGAGAAAAAGGAUGCACCAACUCCGACACCAAAGGCUCAGAAGCAAGCCGCGAAGAAGCAAAAAGUAGUCGAGGAGGAGGAAGAGACAACUGUCCACGGUGACGACGAGGUUCUACCUAUGGACAUCUCGGGUCUGGAGAACGAGGAUGAGGUCACCGCCAACUCAAGCAAUGAAUCCGAGCCACAUUCUCCUACCUUUGACACCAACGAUUCUACGACAACUCCUGCUGAGAUAACCGCCGAGCCUGCCAGCACGACUACCUCCACCUCAUCCACUAUUCCUCCUUCGGAGAAACCUAAGUCUAUCAAGCUCCCUGCCGACACCUCUGCGAUCCGAGCACGUCUCGCUGCCAAAAUUGAAGCGCUUCGUGCCGCCCGAAAAGCUGACGGACCCGAUGGCAAGCCAAUUCGUACACGCCAAGAGCUCAUUGAGUCGAGAAGAAAGAAGCAAGAGGCUCGAAAAGCCCACAAGCAGGAGAUGCGCAAGCAGGCCAAGCUGGAAGAGCAACGAAAGCGUGAGGAGGCUUUGGCAUCUAGCUCACCAGGUGUUAUGAGCCCCGCGGUUGAACUCGACGAGACUGCUAGCAACUUCACAUUUGGUCGUGUCGCUUUUGGCGAUGGCGCUCAGCUCUCACGCGAUCUCGGCCACGUGCUGAGCCAAGGCAAGAAGAAGGGGCCGUCUGACCCCAAGACAGCCCUCAUCAAGGUCCAAAACCAGAAAAAGCGUCUUCAGGAGCUUGAACCUGAGAAGCGUGCUGAUAUCGCCGAGAAAGAUAUCUGGCUGACAGCCCGUCGCCGUGCCGAGGGUGAGAAGAUCCGCGACGAUGAGGCUCUCUUGAAGCGUGCCGUGAAGCGAAAGGAGGCCGCCAAGAAGAAGAGUGAGAAGGCCUGGCGCGAACGAUCUGACGGCGUCAAGAUGGCUCAAAAGGACCGUCAACGCAAACGUGAGGAUAAUUUGCGUCAGAGACGGGAUGAUAAGCUGCUCGGUAAGGCGGGCAAGAAGAAGAAGAAGGGUGGAGCCGCCGGAGGCAAGAAGAAGAGUCGUCCUGGUUUCGAGGGAAGCCUGGGCGUUGGGGGCAAGAAGAAGUAA